UUAUCAAAAUUCCCUUGAAUCCGAGAAAUGGCUCAGAUAACCGAGAAGAGAACGACAACAGGUCGAUCAGGAGCAGGGGCCACUAAGGAGAAUAUGUCGCGCGGCAUUCAGCAGCCGGCGACGCGCGGCAAAGGAAUCGAGAUCCUCGACUUCCACGAGUCCUGGCUGGAGGAGGUUGAGCUCUACAAGGACAAAAUGGUCAUGUGCAAACAGCUGGCCCAUCAAAACCGUUACACAAGCGGCACCGGCGGCGGCGGCGGCUUAGGCGGACAUCCGAAGCAACGUAACUCCGCCGGCACCAGCUCCAUCUCCGGCAUCGGCACGUUCAAUGCCAGCACCAAUGGUUCUGUAACUGUAUCAUCGGCCUCGUCGCAGAAACCGAGAACGUCACCGCCAUCGGCACGGCGCCGUCAGCCCGCAGGGAAGAGUGCGUCGUCGGCGGCGGCGGCUUCCUCAGCCGCAGCAAAGACAACGCAACGCACGGUGAUGCGUGGCACAUCCGCGACCAAGGGAACAACCGUGCCCAUGGCCUCGGGCGUGCUCCAGUCGGAGCCGUACAAGAAAGUGCAGAUGCUUUUGAAGCGUGCACGAGACGAAGCUUUUGCCAAACACGUUGCCAACAAGGGCAACAGCCACUCCUCUGCGGCCGGCGGCGCCAAUUCCGCGAAGCGAUCGAGCAUCAGUCCAAUCACACCCGAAAAGAGUGGAGAACUGGGUGUUAGCCAUGCCAUUACGAGCAUGUCCUGCCCGAGCACGCAAACCCUGCAGCCCUGCAGUAAGAUUGUUGUUAAUACGUUCCAUGGCAGCAGCCUGCUUGCCCAGCAGCAUGACGACAAGAACAAGAUUCUAACACAAAAUGGUCUAACCAAAUCUGCAGCCACGGCCCUGGAGACCAGUCUGUACGCCUCCCUCUAUGCCCACUCGCCGCUCAGCUCCGGCACUCCGUACAGCAGCCUCACAACCAGGAUGAUGUCUGGCGGUGUCGACCAUGCGACAUGUGCGGGCGUUUCGCUAAAUAAGGGAAACCACGACCAUGUCCGACUACACGAGGAUGAUCCCUGUGCAGCCAUCGAUGACAUUAACAACUACGAUGACUCCGAUUCGGAGGAGGAGUAUGUGGGAACGCCCUUCUUCCUAGACGAGGAUGGCAACGAGACGCAUCAGAGUCGUCACACGCGCCUGCUGCCCGAGAAGAGAUCCUCCAAGGAGUCGAUGGCCACCGUAGACUCGGAGGCCUCGGUUUACUUUAGGCCAGAUACCAUACUCUCCCCGAGCCUGUUUCCCAAUGUGCCGCCGUACCUGAACUUUACCUCGCAUGCGGACAAGGGACCCCCAAUGCCGGCUGCCCUGCACCGUGUGCUCAAGUGGAAGCUAAGUCCCGUCAUGCCAAAGAUUGUGAAACGUGUGGUCCUUAAUUCCGGAUUUCGCAUUAUCAAAAACACCACCGACUGGAUGGCUGUGUGGGAAAAGCACAUGAAGAGUCCUGGAUUCCGCACCAUACGCUCGCAUCAGAAAUACAAUCACAUACCUGGCUCAUUCCGCAUUGGACGCAAGGACACCAUGUGGCGCAGCAUCUACCAAAAUUUGAAAAAGUUUGGCAAGAAGGAAUUUGGUUUUAUGCAAAAAUCGUAUAUAAUGCCCGAUGAUCUGGAGAAUCUGCGACAGGUCUGGCCAAAGAACGCCUCAAAGCUGACCAAAUGGAUUGUCAAACCGCCGGCCAGUGCUCGAGGCACAGGCAUUCGCAUUGUCAACAAAUGGAGUCAGUUCCCCAAAGAUCGUCCCUUGGUAGUGCAGAAAUACAUUGAGCGUCCCCUGCUGAUCAAUGACAACAAGUUCGAUAUGCGUCUGUAUGUGGUGCUGACCUCCAUCAAUCCUUUGCGCAUUUACAUGUACAAGGAUGGACUGGCGCGCUUUGCCUCCGUUAAGUACAGCUCCGAGCUGAGCAACCUGGACGAGCGUUGCAUGCACUUGACCAAUUACAGCAUCAACAAGUUCUCGCAGAACUAUGCCAAAAAUGAGGAUUUCAAUGCCUGCCAGGGACACAAGUGGACGCUGCAGUCGCUCUGGUCCUGCCUCGAGAAUCGUGGUGUGAACACCAAGCGCCUCUGGGCUACGCUGCGCAAUCUGGUGAUCAAGGGCAUCGUCAGCGGAGAGUCGGGUCUGAAUCGAAUGUACCGACAGAAUGUGAACUUUCGGUACAACUGCUUUGAGUUAUUCGGCUUCGAUGUGCUUCUGGAUGAGAACCUGGUGCCUUGGCUGCUGGAGAUCAACAUUUCGCCUUCGCUGCAUUCGGAACUGCCGCUGGAUCUACAUGUGAAGGGGCCUCUGAUACAGGCCGUGCUCAAUACGGCCCUGUAUCAGGUGCCGCCCAAACUAAACGAACGCCAGCAGCAGGAGAUACUCGAGGAGUUGAACAUGAAGGGGCCGCUGUGCCAUGACAAGCGUAUCUUCACCACCUGCCUAACUGCGGAGGAGGUGCGCAAGCACAACCAGUUCACCAAUCGCAGCAUUGAGUUCCGCGAGGAGUACGUGGACACCAUACUGGACAAUCUUCUGCCCGACGAUGUGCGCUGCCUGAUCGUUGCCGAGGACGAGCAGUCCCGCUGCAGACCACUCGAACGUAUCUUUCCCACAUCCGGCACGCACAUCUACCUGCGUUACAUCGAGAAUGCGCGCUACUAUAACCGCCUGCUGGACGCUUGGGAGACCAAAUACGGCAAAAAUCGUGACUUGGGUGUAGCUUUGCUGUCCCGCUUCACCAAGGACAGGUACCACUUGCAGGUCUCCGAUGCCGCCAUGGAAAAGGAACCGAACGUGGCUCUCACUGAGAUUGAUAUGCUGCAUGUGAAAAAGGAGGAUGCACUGGAUGGAAUCACGACUCUUGCUAGACUCAAUCUCGUGCCCACUGAAGCCAGCGAGCCGGUGCCUGUGGCCAGGAGCCCGGAGGCAUGCAUAGAAAUUAAAUCUUGAGACUGAACGAGCAAGAAUUAACGAAUUUCGGUUUCUGAAUGUUUUUUAUCAAACAGAAAUACGCCAGCAAUACCAAUACCAACACGUUCAAAAUCACGUUGAGAUCCUCUCCAAAUAAAGUUACAUUUUUCCGGUCGUCUUUCUGCCUGUA